UUUCGCAUUUACUCACAAUACAGGAGCAUUUGAUUUUCGUAAAAGGAACUGAAAACAGAAAUCUACAAAGGAAUUGUAUUUGAAUUCCUUGACCUGGCAGUUAAUAACUACCUCCUUUGUUGCAUACAACGCAAAUGUUUUCCAAGAAAGCUACCUUAUUGGCCCAUUCCAGUUUUCUCCGCGAAAAUAUUUCUGCCAGGCAUAAUUGCCAUUGCUGUAAUUUGCAUAGGACGAAAAGUCCUGUGCUGUGUCAAUGGUUUAAGCGAGUGGGGAGAGGAUUAGCAAAACACCUCUUGGGUACACGAUUUUAAAGGGGCCAUCAUAACUAAGGGCACAAGAAAAUGCGCCAUCACUGGACUUUCCCAUGCCGGUGCUUUUCCACGCUGAAUCCGGCCUUGUAACACUUUGCCAAUCAAUCAAUUGCUCAGUUAAAAUUCAAGUAUUUCCUAGAUUAUGACCCAUUGAUUCGUAAAUAGUAUAUAGAACAAAUAAGCUGUGGCCUAGUUUGUCGCUCCAGUAAUCAUUUCCACCAGGAAUCAGGAAUCAAGAAUCGGAAUUCGUGGGCGAGCACAUAGGAAACAUUAACCCAAAUUCGAACGAGUACAUCGAGCAAUACAAGUAUAAAUACCAAGCGGAUGUGCCAGGAGUCAGGCAAUGUGGCCGGGAAUUAUGGCUGCGCUGCUGCUGCUGCCAACUUAAUUAGCCUGGCGUAAAAUUUAUUGCGGUCCACUUCCCAGAUCGUGAUUUACAAUGUUGCCGUCGGAACGCCCUUAAAGCCUUAAAGCCCUUAAUGCCUCCAGAUGACGCAUGCAAAGGCAAAAACACCAAAAAUUCAUUUCGAAUGCGAAUACAACAGUUAACGAUUGUCGCCGGCACGUCAAUAACCUGGCCAAGAGCCAGUGAGUUUAUUGACCCCACCUGCGGUUUGAAUAGGCACCCCCUUGGGAGGCACCACUAACACUUCGUUCCCGGAAAUUCCCGAGCAUUGUCUGCGGAGGGCAGGGCAGAAUGGGAGGGUCCUCCGCUAGGGCUAACUAAUAUUAGGCGGCUAGACACGAGGAUUCCAACCGGUAUAUUGUGUGCACACACCAGUACACGCGAGGCACUUGUCCGCGACUCAUAGAGGAAAUGACCUUUGCGAUAUGGCCAAGUUGAAUGGCAGCUCCAUGGAGCCACCAAAUACAUAGUUUUGGGCUCAUCCACACCUCCGACAAGCCUUUCGCACAUGGCCCGGAUGAUGGACUCCCUGAUCCUGGACUCGCUGUCCCCAUUUGCCUUCACAAAGAUCACGGCCACCAGUCGACCAUCUCGGAACAGCAGCUUAAAGAAGAGCUCGGAUGGCGGACACUCCUCGACAGCGGAGCGCCACCGGCCUAUCAACAACCUGGGCUCGAAUGCACCUGGAGGAUUGGGCAUUGGCGGAAGUAUCCCUUUACGCAGCAAGCAGCGGCUACCCACGCAAGUCUCCGCAGCAGAAGUGGCACCACAACCUCGAGCCAGUCAGACGGCCCAGAUGCCAUUUCCAUCGCAGAAGCAGGAUAAUCGAUGGGUGUCCUCCCUGCGCCGUCGGGAUCCCGAGCUGCAGCCCACACUACCCUCCAUCAACAGCAAUGCGAACAGCAGCAGUCUUAGCCAGAGUCACCACGGGAGUGCCGGCAACGUGGGAUUGGCGGGAGCAGGAGCACCUACACCGGCCGUCAGCAUGGGGGCGGUGCGCCUGGGUCGUCCUGCAAGGGCAUCCGCCGUGACCGCCGCCUUACGGAAGAGCCGAUCCGUGGAGCGCCUGCGGGCCAGAAAGCUCAGCACAAACACACAGCUUAACUUCAAGCACAAGCCAGUUAAGAAGAACUCGCUGGACGAAAACUCAAACUCGGAUGACCAAGACGCCACUACAUCUCUGGAGGACAACUCGCAUGCCCAGUCCCUAGCCACCAGUCACAACACGCCCAAGUGCUCGCCCAAGACCAAGGCCAAGCACUUCUCGCCCUUGGGCUAUGAGGUCCAUCUGGUGGACACCCUGGAAAAGGACAUCCUGCAGCGGCAUCCGUGCAUUAAGUGGACUGAUGUGGCUGGGCUCAAUGAGGCCAAGACAAUACUCCAGGAAGCGGUGGUGCUUCCGGUAAUCAUGCCGGAGUUCUUCAAGGGAAUCCGCCGACCGUGGCGUGGAGUUUUGAUGGUCGGUCCGCCGGGAACAGGCAAAACAAUGCUAGCCAAGGCAGUGGCCACAGAAUGUGGAACAACCUUCUUUAACGUGUCGUCCUCCACCCUUACAUCCAAGUACCGAGGAGAAAGCGAGAAGCUGGUCCGGCUCCUGUUUGAGAUGGCUCGCUUUUAUGCGCCCAGCACCAUUUUUAUUGACGAGAUCGACGCCCUAUGCGCCUCCAGGGGCAGUGACUCGGAGCACGAGGCCAGUCGGCGGUUCAAGGCCGAGCUGCUCAUCCAAAUGGACGGACUAAACGCGAGCAUGCAGGAGGAGAAGGUGAUCAUGGUGCUGGCGGCCACCAAUCACCCGUGGGACAUCGAUGAGGCCUUCCGCAGACGUUUUGAAAAGAGAAUAUAUAUUCCUCUCCCAAACGAGGACACCCGAUCGGCUCUGCUCAAGCUAUGUCUGAAGGACGUAUGCCUGUCGCCUAGUCUGAACACGGGAAUGAUCGGCGACGAAUUGCAGGGCUAUUCGGGGUCGGACAUAAGCAACGUGUGCCGUGACGCCUCCAUGAUGGCCAUGCGGCGCCUCAUUUCCGGACGCACUCCCGAUCAGAUUAAGCAGAUACGCCGCGAGGAGGUGGAUCAGCCGAUUACUUUGCAGGACUUCCAGGACGCCCGUCUGCGCACCAAGAAGUCUGUGUCUGCCGACGACGUUGCCCGCUUCGAAAAGUGGAUGGAGGAAUAUGGGUCUUGCUAGUUGUACGGCCUGCUGGCCCAGCACCCUCGAUGAUUGUAUAUCAUGUGUACUUCCAAGUCCUGAUCGCAAUAAUUUGUAACCUGUAUAAAUCGAACUCGUUAGCCGUAUAUACGCUUAUUUGCUCAAGUGCCCCACGCCCAGCAUUGCUCCUCUAUGUACGUGCACACGGUAAUCUGAUAUCUUAUAAAUACAUAAAAUAUACACUAAAAA